AUGGAGAUGAAGCUCUCGCCCGGCGCCGCAGGCGAGGUGCACGGCGGCGGCGCCGGCUGCAAGAAGCGCCCGCCGAGCCGGCUGCAGAAGAAGGCGCCCGCGUCGCUGCAGGUCGAGCCGGUCGCCGGCGCCGCAGCCCAGGCGUCCCCCGCCGCGUGGGCCGACGGCAGGACGCCGAUCCCGCUCCUGUCGCCGCUCGUCACCUCGCCGGCGCCGCUGUGGGAGGGCGGGUCGGCCCAGGCCGAGGCCAGGAGCGGCGGGGAAGCUGGCUUUAGCCUGAGCCCGGCCCGGCACAGCGCGCAUGGCGGAGCCAGCAGCGGUGAGCGCCACGCGGACGAGAAGGCCAAGGCGCCCGCGCCCGGACACAGCGGCGGGUGGCUGCACCCGGCCAUGCCGACGCCGGCGCCGGCGCCCGCGCCCAGCGUGGCCGGCGGGUGGCGGCACCCUGCCAUGCCGGCGCCCGUCGCGGAGCCGGCCUCCCUGGCGCCGCUCUUCAAGUCGCAGUGCACGGUGGAGAUGCGCAACGCCCAGCACUGA